AUGAAAGGAAACAGCGGGCGGCGUAAACAAUUUGAAGGCGAGAUCGGUUUUGUCGUGACCGUCACGUUUUGCUUGCUUUGCGUGUGUUUGGAUGUGUACAGGCCUUUCAGGGGUCGGCUGUGCGACGAGGAGAGGAGGCAAACGAGGUGCGUGUGCGUGGCAUCUGUACAGGUGGGUGAUCUCGCUGUGCUGGCUGCGCUUGGCGAAUGGACGGGUGUGUGUGUACGCAUAUGUACAGCGCACAGUCUGUCUGUGCCUCAUCGUCACCAUUCUGUCCUUCUCUGUACGUCUGCAGGCUCACGAUCGCGGGGAGCGGAGGGACUGAUGCGUUGUGCUGCGUUCUGUUGUGUGUGUGCACACAUUCUUAUGGACGUCGGCAUGUCUGCGUCAACGUCGGCCGCAUUGAUUGGCUGCCCCAUUCAUUUGCUCACAGCCAGGUACGCAGCAAGGCACGCGAGGGCGUCGAGGGCAUCCGUAUGUGUGUGCAUCUGUGACCGUUGUGUGGGGGGGUGCAGGCGUUUUCUCGUGUCGCCAUGCAGCGGUCUCUGUGCGCAGAGAAGGGCUUCACACUCGAGUAUGAAGGCCAUGCGUCGUACUGUGGUGUGUGUGUGCGUAUUUGUGUGUAUACGCUGUGUUCAGGUGUGGCCGUGGCGGCGGGUCACCUCUGCGAUGGGGCUGAUCUGAUGAUCGGCCAUCUCGCCCAUCGAUGGGUGGAGUGUGUCCGCUCAUGCCGCCACAUCGCUGCUCUGGGGGUGGGGGGCAUCGCUGCGGCUGUGUGGGCGUGUGCGGAUUCUCGAGGGUGGUGACGGCACUGCGAUCACAUCGCUGCAAUAGCUGCAACAGGUACGGGUUUGACGAUGUGCGUGGACACGAGAGCUCGAAGUUGGGAACUUUCACGUGUGUGGCCGAUAUGUGCGUGUCAGGUGUUGCGGAAAGGCGUCAGCUUCGUUGGUAUCAAUCACACACCACAGAGAUCGGUGGCGCAGUGAGCUUCGUCAAUCGAUGUGGGUGUGUGUUGCCAUUGAUCAGGUCAGAGCUGUGUGUAUGUGUUCAUCGACGGCCAUGAAGGUAAGUGACACGUGAGCAGGCGGUCGAGUCAGUUUAGUGCAGCCAUAUGUAUGUGUGUGUGUUGGCGAUUGAUUGGUGCAGGUGAGUGGCGGCUGGACAGACGUGGUGUGUGUUGGUGAUGUGCGAGAUACCGAGCGCAUCAUUUGUAUCUUCACGUCCGGUUGCACCGAAUGCAUUGGAACGUCACGCCCGAUCGCUGGCCGGCCAUCGGCCUGUGUGUUUUUGUCAAGUGUCGCUCAUUUGUGCAUAGAUACAUGCAGAUGUUGUUACGCUCUCUUUCACA